AUGGAUUUUGUCGCUGGAAUGUUUGGUGGUUUGUUUUUUUUCAAGAUUUUCGAAGUUAGGGCUACUUUAAAUUAGGAUUACCGGAGAAUCGAGAUUACUGUAGCUCAAGUUUCCCAAUUUCAAGAUUACGGGGAGCAAUCGAGAAAAUGUGUGAAAUUUUUCCAUAAAUUCUAAAUCUGAUCAAAAAGGGGGAAUUCUGGAUCGACUGAUUUUUUGUAGUGAAAAACUUCAUGAAAAGUUGAAAAAAGUCUAAUCAAAAUUUCUUGAAAAAUAUCUUACUGGCUAGAUUCUUCGGCUUCAUUCCUGAAUUCUUCAAAUUUUAAAUUUUCCGAAUUCAAAAACUCUAGAACUUCUCAUAUUUUCUCCCGAGUCAUUCAAAAAACUUUAAAACCUUCUCACUAUUUUCCAGGAGCUGCUGGUGUUUUGGCCGGUCACCCUUUGGAUACUGUAAAAGUCCGCCUCCAAACUCAAAAUGCCACUCAAGGAACCUCCCCGCAAUAUCGCGGAACAUGGCAUUGUUUUUCAAUGAUUGUCAAAAAAGAGGGAUUUGGUGGAUUGUAUAAAGGUUGGUUCUUUUUCUCUAUUUUUCAAAACUGAACUCAAAUUCUUUCUGAUAAUGUUUUUUUUUCUGAAGAUGAAGAAUCUUUUCAUUUUUGAUCUUAUCAUUUUGUAAUGUCUUUGACAAGAUGACAAAAUCCUUCGACAUAACCCGAAAAUAGUUGUGUUGGGUUGUAAAAUAAAUCAUAGAUUUAUUUAGGACUCUCAUCUCCAUUAGCAUCAUUAUCUGCGAUCAAUGCGAUUGUUUUUGGUGUUCAUGGAACUGCUUGUCGAGAAUUUAAAAAUCCUGAUUCGAUUCAAGCACAUUUUUCAGCUGGUGUUGCUGCGGGAAUUGCUCAAAGUGUUGUUGGUAAGAUUUUGUUGUUGUAAUUUUGUUUUGGGUCCUAUUCUUGAAAAUUCUGAAUUAUUUUUUAUUUUAUUUUCUUCCAAAGUAAUUUUUCUCAAGAAUUUUUCCAUUUUCCAAAAUUUUCUCCCGAACUUUGGAUAACUACGAACGUUGAUUUUCCAGCUGCUCCAACAGAACGGAUUAAAUUAUUAUUGCAAAUUCAAAAUGACGCGGCACAUACCAAAUAUCGAGGACCAAUUGAUGCAACUCGGCAAAUUGUCAAAAAACAUGGAUGGCGGAGUUUGAACAGGUUAGAUUUUUUUAACUUACAAUUUGAGUUUGCAAUUUCCAAACUCAAUCUUUUUCAGAGGAUUUGUGGCAACUGUUGCUCGAGAUGCUCCAGCUUUUGGUGUUUAUUUCGCUUCUUAUGAAAUGAUGGCUCGAGCAAUGAGCCAAGAUGGAAAAAUGGAAUCAUUAACAUCAAUGCAAUUAUUAUUAGCUGGUGGCGGAGCAGGAAUGCUUUCGUGGCUUUUCAAUUAUCCAGCUGAUAUUAUCAAAUCAAGGUUUCAAGUGAGUUUAUUCUCUUGUUUUUUCUCAAACCCUUAUAUAUUUUUUCUAGGCUGAUACUUCAUAUAAAUCAUAUUUACAUUGCAUAAAAGCAACAUACGCUGAAAGAGGAAUUCGAUCAUUUUAUAUUGGUUUGAAUUCUGCACUUAUUCGAGCAUUUCCAUCAAAUGCUGCCACAUUUUUCACAGUUGAAUGGACUUAUCGAUUAUUACUUGAUUUUAAUGUUUUGGGAGUUGGCACGGAUACUGUUAUCGAAAAGAAUUCGGUUAGUUUUUUGGUUUUUUUUUGAAUUUGGAAAAAAUAGUUUUUGUUUAGCUUUAGAAUUGAAUUGAAUAUUGAAAUUGUUUUAUUUAGAAAUGCAAAAAGUUUUUGACAAAUGCUGAUAUUUGGUCAUCAAAUUCGAUUUAUUAUCUACUUUUACCGGAAGCUGGUUCAACAAUAAUUGAUCGAUAUGUUUGA